AUGCCUUCGUCGUUCUACGUUCCGAUUCUCCUUGCGGGUAUGAUAAUUACGGGGUCGAGUAACUCUUUGUGGAGCAAAUGGCAGGACAUGCAAUGCGUGGAGAAUUGCAGCGAUCCCAACCCUGCACACCACGUUCUUUACGAGCAACCUGUAUGGCAGACUCUGCAGAUGUUCCUCGGCGAAAUGCUUUGCUUUCUCCCUGUCAUUUAUACGUGGCUCCGUGCACGUCAGCGUACUGCACCCGUAUUCCUUCCGUCAGAUUUAGAAGACGAGCCCGGUAAAGUCGACCAAACUUGUGAGGAGCUACGAGGUUGGAAAAUUCUUCUUUUAUGGUUUCCCGCUGCUUGCGAUCUUACCGGAACAACGCUUAUGAAUGUCGGUCUCCUUUAUACACCCGUUUCAAUCUAUCAGAUGACACGUGGGGCUCUCGUUCUUUUCGUGGGCACCCUUAGCGUUAUCUUCUUACACCGUCGUCUAUGGCUCUAUCAAUGGGUCUCUCUUUUGACUGUCAUGGCCGGUAUCUCGCUCGUAGGAUACAGCGGUUCGCUUAUUAAAGAUGCUGUACACUCUACCUUGCAUCUCUUAGGAUCCGACCAGCCAGAACCUGAAGUCACCAAAGUCCUCGUUGGCAUCUUCUUCGUUCUCUUCGCCCAGGUGUUUACGGCAACACAGUUCGUUGUAGAAGAGAAGAUCAUGGCCCGUUACUCCGUGGCACCUUUGGUUGCUGUGGGCUACGAGGGCUUAUUCGGCGCACUCACCAUCAUCAUGUGCAUGCCCAUUCUCGCUAUGCCGUCAAUUGCUUCCAGCUCGCCUUUCUUCGACCUUCCUAGGGGUUGGUACCAAUUCGUUAACACCCCCAGCGUCCUUUGGUCGGGCAUCGUCGUCGCCAUCAGUAUCUCGUUGUUUAAUUACUUCGGCUUGAGUGUCACAAGGCAUGUAAGCGCCACCGCAAGGAGCCUGACAGACACCUGCAGAACACUCUCGAUCUGGCUAGUCAGCCUUGCACUAGGCUGGGAGAAACUUCUUUUCCCCAUUUCACUCCUCCAAGUGCUGGGAUUCUCCUUCUUGGUGUAUGGCACGUUCCUUUUCAAUGGUUUGGUCAACCCUCCCUCUUUCCUCCACACCCCCUUGGCCCUAGAGGAGACGGUGGGUGGCGAAGCGGAAGAGGGGGAGGCCUUGCUCGCUUCACAGCAUCUGGACGAUACUGCUGCUCUACCUGUUGACCUUGGUCAAGGUGGCUACGAUGUUUUGCCUAAAGAUGUCAGAGUACAUGCGCAAGGUGUCUCGUCAGAAGAUUGA